AUGCCCCAGCAUUCUAAUAAACCUCGACCUGGAGCUCUGCGAAGGAUAUUCUCAUCUUCAAGCAGCCGCCGCAUGAGUUCCGAAGAACUACAAGCAACUCCCCGCAUGGCCCAGAACCCAGCGCAGGUGCAGGCUGCCAUGCUCACAGGGGCAGAUAAGCUAGCAGCAGUCACCAGCCUAAUAGACAGGCUAAGCCAGGACCUCACUGAUGUCAACCUUCUACCCCAUCAACGGGAUGCAGCCUUAGAGGAACUGAAGAUUUUCGGCAGGGAUCCUCGAAACUCCGACCCUAUAUUUACGAAGAAGGGGAUCGAGACGCUUACAAGGCACUCGUUUGAUAGUCCAUCCAGCACAACCUCUAGGAACGCUUUACGCUGUCUUUGCAAUGCAUUACUCCUAAACCAAGAUGCCCGGCAGACGUUUGUUGACCUAGGCUACGAAGCAAAGGCCUGCAGCAAGCUCAAAAACGACAGCCGGGAUAACGAGUUUCUUGUCUCGAGGAUACUGUUCCUAAUAACAUACGGCACUAAUGCGGACCUUGUUGAGCUCAUUGAGAAACACCACCUUGCAGAUUGUAUCGCCAAGAAUCUGGAGCGCCAUGCGAAGAAUCAUCUCGCCGGAAGACCGACAGAUCCAAUGGAAGACAUGGCACUAACAGAGACGCUAAAGCUGCUUUUCAACAUAACCCAUUGGUGCAAAGAUAGGACCUCCUCGUUUACACAGACUGUUCCUCAUAUCGCCACUCUACUAUGCAAAGGCUCCUUUCAGCCCCAGCCCGAGAAACCACUGGACGCUCCUAUAGGCCAUCUGGUCAACGCGCUGCUGAACUUGGACCUUGGGGCAAAGGAGAUUCACACAUCUCUCUACCCGCAAGCCGAGCCGAAGGAAGUGGCAGAGCGCUUGAUACAACUACUGGACCAGUCGAGGGGGGCAUACAAGAAUGAGGACCUCGAGAGCUCCGUUACGCCACUGCUCGGUGUGAUCCGUGCCAUCCACGAAUAUGCCCCUGAAGACGUUCGAACCUAUAUCCGGGAGAAGCUUUUGCCGACUGAAGCUGACCGCAACGAGGUUCUGGGCCGUACUGACUCGCUGCCUUCCUGGCUGCUGCAGAAUUCGACGAAUCCCGUCACACCCGAGCUCCGCAACACGAUAUCCGAUCUGUUAUUCGACAUGUCGGACAAGGACGCAUCCAAGUUUGUCGAGAACGUUGGGUAUGGAUUUGCCUCGGGUUUCCUCUUCAGCAGAAAUAUUCCAGUUCCCCAAAAUGCGUCCGAGGCCUUCAGCAAUGUUCCAGGCGGUGCCAACAGAGCCAUCAACCCAGUGACGGGCCAAUUCCUUGAUUCGGAGAGGCAGCCCGAAGAACCUGAGAUGACCGAGGCUGAGAAAGAAAGGGAGGCCGAAAGGCUCUUCGUCCUGUUUGAAAGGCUGAGAGCAAACGGCAUUAUAUCUGCCGAAAAUCCUGUUCGAACGGCGGUUCAAGAGGGUCGCUUCGAGGAGUUGCCGGACGACUAUGAGGAAGGAAAAGAUUAA